AUGGCUCAGUUUCCAACACCUUUUGGGGGCAACCUGGAUAUCUGGGCUAUUACUGUGGAGGAGAGAGCUAAACAUGAUCAACAGUUCCAUAGUCUGAAACCAACAUCUGGAUUUAUCACUGGUGAUCAAGCUAGGAACUUUUUUUUUCAAUCUGGGUUACCUCAACCGGUAUUAGCACAGAUAUGGGCUCUAGCUGACAUGAACAAUGAUGGGAGGAUGGAUCAGUUGGAGUUUUCAAUAGCUAUGAAACUUAUCAAAUUAAAACUACAAGGUUAUCAACUGCCAUCUGCACUGCCUCCUGUCAUGAAGCAGCCACCUAUUGCUCUGCCUAGUGCGCCAGGAUUUGGUAUUGGGGGCAUUGCCAGCAUGCCAUCUCUUACAACUGUUGCCCCAGUGCCAAUGGCAUCUAUUCCAGUAGUAGGAAUGUCUCCACCAUUAGUAUCUUCUGUUCCUGCAGCAGCAGUACCUCCCCUGGCUAAUGGAGCUCCUGCUGUUAUACAGCCUCUGCCUGCUUUUGCGCAUCCUGCCACAUUGCCAAAGAGUUCUUCCUUUAGUAGAUCUGGUCCAGGAUCACAGCUAAAUGCAAAACUGCAAAAGGCACAAUCAUUUGAUGUGGCUAGUGUGCCUCCUGUGGCAGAGUGGGCGGUACCUCAGUCAUCGAGACUGAAGUACAGACAGCUGUUCAAUAGCCAUGAUAAAACAAUGAGUGGACACUUAACAGGUCCUCAAGCAAGAACUAUUCUUAUGCAGUCAAGUUUACCCCAGGCUCAGCUGGCUACAAUAUGGAAUCUUUCUGAUAUUGAUCAAGAUGGAAAACUUACAGCCGAAGAGUUUAUUCUGGCUAUGCACUUAAUUGAUGUAGCUAUGUCUGGUCAGCCGCUACCACCUGUACUGCCUCCAGAGUAUAUUCCACCAUCAUUUAGAAGAGUACGCUCUGGUAGUGGCAUAUCUGCUGUAAGUUCAGUAUCUGUAGACCAAAGGUUACCAGAAGAACCAGCAUUAGAAGAAGAACAGCAGCAACUGGAAAAGAAAUUACCAGGUAAGCAAGACCUUCUGUCUCUUUCCAUACCAGUUACAUUUGAAGAUAAAAAACGGGAGAACUUUGAACGUGGCAAUCUAGAACUUGAAAAACGGAGGCAGGCUCUCCUGGAACAGCAACGCAAAGAACAAGAGCGUCUAGCACAGCUGGAACGGGCAGAGCAGGAGAGGAAAGAACGUGAGCGGCAGGAGCAAGAACGUAAAAGACAACUGGAGCUAGAGAAACAGUUGGAAAAACAACGGGAAUUGGAACGACAGAGAGAAGAGGAAAGGAGGAAAGAAAUAGAAAGAAGAGAGGCUGCAAAACGGGAACUUGAGAGGCAACGGCAACUUGAGUGGGAGCGUAAUCGUCGGCAGGAACUACUAAAUCAAAGAAACAAAGAACAAGAGGACAUAGUUGUUCUGAAGGCAAAGAAGAAGACCUUAGAAUUUGAGCUGGAAGCUCUAAAUGAUAAAAAAAAUCAGUUGGAGGGAAAACUUCAGGAUAUCAGAUGUCGACUGUCUACCCAAAGACAAGAAAUUGAAAGUACAAAUAAAUCUAGAGAACUGAGAAUUGCGGAAAUCACCCAUUUGCAACAGCAGCUGCAGGAAUCUCAGCAGAUGCUUGGAAGGUUGAUUCCAGAAAAGCAAUUGCUUAAUGAUCAGCUAAAGCAAGUCCAACAGAACAGUUUGCACAGAGAUUCUCUUCUUACUAUCAAAAGAGCCUUAGAAGCCAAGGAACUAGCGCGUCAGCAGCUUCGAGAACAGCUAGAUGAAGUAGAAAAAGAAACCAGAUCUAAACUUCAGGAAAUUGAUAUUUUCAAUAAUCAACUGAAGGAGCUGAGAGAAAUACAUAACAAACAGCAACUACAGAAGCAAAAGAACUUGGAAGCUGAGAGGCUGAAACAGAAGGAACAAGAAAGGAAGACAGUAGAACUGGAAAAGCAAAAAGAAGCUCAAAGGCGAAUCCAGGAACGGGAUAAACAACGGCUUGAUCGAGCGCAACCAGAAGAAGAACUUCAGUGGCAAAAAAAAAUUCAGGAAGAUGAGAAGCAAAAAAGGGAAGAAAUAACCAAGAAGAAGGAAAGUGAGGAUAAGGGGAAGCAGGAAAUGCAAGAGAAACUGAGUAAGCUUUUCCAACCACAUCAAGAGCCGAUCAAACCAGCUGUCCAGGCUCCUUGGUCAAAUGCAG